GUGAGAGCGGUGUGGCUGGAUUUAGCAUAAUCGAGCGCAUCGAUGACGACAUUAGCAACGACGAAUUUCCUUUAACGCUGAACGGAGCAGUGCUCCACUCUUCGCGCGAAUUCGGACAAUCGAGAAAGAAGGCGAGUGCGAGCCUUUCCUUCGUGCUCUUGCAGCAGCUGAAAUCCGACCUCGCGACAAUCGGCAUGUGAGAGACCAUAAUGUCUGGUGGGGACUGCAGGACCCCGCCCCGUAGACAGCUAUAAAAUGCCCGUACGAGAAUCGGACCCAACCAGUCUUAAUCGGUACACGAAGGCCCUUUUUUUACCUUCCUUCUUCGAUAGGCUCGGUAUUGAUAUCCUCCCUCUCCACAUCAUCCUGAGACCAUGAAGCUCAUCCCGAUCUUGUUGCUUGUCGUCGCGGUCGCCUUUGCCGCCGAAGAGAAGAAGGAGGAAGAACGUCCUAAAACAUUUAGAAGGCUCAUUCCAGCCGAUAUUCUUCGCGAUUUUCCUGGCCUAUGUUUCGCUUCUACAAAAUGCGCAACCAUUGAGCCAAUGAAAUCAUGGGACCUGGCACCGUUCUGCGGUCGUUCCACUUGCGUACCAGAAGAUGACAACUCCGGUCGCCUGUUCGAGCUUGUUGAGGAUUGCGGGCCUCUCCCGAAAGCCAACCCGAAAUGCAAGCUUUCGGAGAAAACCAACAAGACAGCACCAUUCCCAGACUGCUGUCCGCAGUUCGAAUGCGAGGAAGGAGCGAAACUCGAAUACCCGGAAAUCCCAACAUUGCCACCACCCACGGAAAUCGUAGAGAACGAGAAGUCACCGAAAACGGCUCCAGCGAAAGCAUAAUACCGGACAUAACAUUUGGCCUCCGCGGAUCUAACCAAACAGUCAAUCGAAUAACAAAAAUAUUAAUCGAUUUCAUGUCAGAUCGCGAUUUCGACACAAAGAUACCCACUUCUGUUUUAUUAUAUUGUUUUCCUAUCGAUUACUAGUUAACGCGGUAUUUUAUAUAAUUUAUGUGACAAUAUGGGUUUCGGUUUUCUUUCACGAUACGUAUUACGAAUACCGUAACAAUUUUACAAAUAUUCGUUCUCGAAGAAUCUCUAGAGGAAAUGAAAAAUUAACUGGAACAGAAAAAUAUUAAUCAUUAUAAAUUAAUGUUAAUAAAGUAGUCGAAGACAAUAUAUCUAAAAAGAAAAGAGGAAGGAAGAUUGUAACGUUGGAAUAACAAUGCAUACCUAUAUCCGAGAAAACAUCUCGAGGAGGCCACAUAACAACUUCCUGUUACCUUUCAACGUGAUUUAACUUCACGCGGGAUUAAAAUUACGUUGUAUAUAAUUGAUGUACUUCCAUUUUUAAAGUCAAUACACAAUUCUGCAAAACCAGGCAGAAAAAUAAAAAUACAAUAGCAAUACUAUCGUUAAUGUUAGCGAACCAGCGUCGUUUUACAGCAUUGUGUCUAUUCAGUCUCCUAGUCCCGGAAAUGAGAUUCAAAUGCUAUCGUUUGUUCUCAAUUCCGGUUGCAACAAUUUUACCCAAAA